AUGGAAUCAGAAUUAUCGGAGGAAAGUACUUUACGUUCACAAUUUACUGUAGAUGAUUUGAAUAUUGAAAUAUUACCAAUUAUAUAUGAAAUAAUUCGGAGGUCUAUUAGAAGAUUACCAGGAAUAGAAUAUAGUAAAGAAGAACAAUUACAAAAACUUGAAACUUUACGUAAACAACUUAGACUUAAGCGAGAGCUCUUAUUAAAAUAUCGUAACAUGUGUACAUUUGAAGUUCCAAAAAUAUAA